UUCCUAUCAAGGCUGUUGCCUAUUGGUGAGUCAAGGGUAUCUAUGACGUUAUAAAAUAAAAGGGCGAAACAUCAAAAGUGGCUUUCAUUCUGCUUGAAACCACAGAAUGAGAAGCCCAGAAAAAAUCAUGCUGAGAGGAUUGAUAAGUUUUAGUGUCUUAAUGAUAGUCACAGAAGGAUCAUCAGUGAAAGUGGAUCCAGGAGGAAACACAACACUCCCCUGUAGCAUUAAAGAAGAAAGAGAGAUUAACUGGAUCAUUACUAAUGGAAACCAAACGUUUGUUAGAAUUCUAAGACUAGAACAUGGUUAUGGUCCAGAAUCUAAACCUGAGCCGUCUAAUAUUCACCCCAGUUAUACAGGUCGGAUAAGAGCUCUCAAUUCAUCCACAAACACUCACUCUCUGCUUCUGAUGAACAUCACUGACACUGAUCUCAUGCUCUACUGCUGCACUGAAUAUAAGAUUGAGCAAACUCACUGCACAAAACUGGAGUACGCAGAUCUUAAAAUCCUGCCAGAUUCUCCUUCUCCUGAUAUAAAGCAUCAGGGUCACAUCAGUACCAUAAUAUGGCUGCCUGUGAUCUGUGUGCUUCUGUUCCUCUCACUGUUGUCAAAUGUGUGCCUGUGCUGGAGAAUAAAAAGACCAAAAAAAGAAAACUACAAGGACUCAAAGACAGUAUAUAAAAGCACACAAGGCGAGCAGGGUAAUGAAGCUGAUGAAAUUUCAUAUGCAUCUGUACGUAUAAACAAAACACAAAGAAACAGAGGACAGCAUCAUCAUCUCACGCAGGACACCGUGUAUGCAGGCAUUAAAUGAAAAAAAAAGCAUUUCCAGAGCCUGGAAUGUCUGCUUACAUUUUGUACAAAAUAAAAAAAAAAUUAAAUAGCAAAAUGCUGGACAGAACAUUUUUUUCUGGCAUUUUAUAUAAAUGACAGAGGAACAAUAAUUUUUAAAAAUGCAAUAUUUCAGCUAUUUCAGAUAUUUUCGACCAAGUAAAAGUAAUUUUGGAAAAUGCCAAAUGUAAUAGGUAAAUUUAGUAGGUAUUAAGAAAAGAAAUAUUCAUUAAUUAGAUCAUUGGUGUCGAACUUAAUUCUUGGGAGUUGAAUUCCUGCACAGUUUAGAUGCAACGCUACACACCUGAUCCGACUAAUUCAGUCUUCAGGCUUAAUUAAAAACUGCUGUACUCCAGUUUGACACCCUUGGUUUAGAAUAUUAUUUAACAAAAUACCAUUAUAUAUUCACAGAAUAAUAACAUACUUUGCACGUUAGCAUAGACCAGAAAUGAACUUGAUCAGCAAAGAAUCGCAAAGACAUUCAAAUAAACACUAAUCUAGUGUUCAAAUAUGUUAUGUCAUUAUGGAAUAAAGACUUUUAAAGAAAGUCCAUCCAAAAAGUCCAUUAAGGAGUUUUAAUAAAUUUGAUGUUUAAAGUUGCAGUUUAAAAUCGCACAAACAAAACUUAAUGGUGUUUCAGUAUCGCACCAAAAAAGAGAAAUGAACUGCACUGACCCUAACACAAAGCAUCUGCAAAUCACAUUACACUCAACAACCUCUCUUACGCAAACCACACAGGGUACAUGAGCACAAGUACUUUUGCUUUAGAGUUCUUCUUGUCUGACCAACCUAUGCAGUGCCUGUCAAAACUGGAUAUGUAAUGACUAUGGUUAAUAAUCAUGUACAAUAUCAUACAUUACCCUAUCUAUCCGAUUUCGCUUAUACUUUUGCUUUUACUUUCUAUACAUCAAGUGACUCUUCUUAUUGUAAUAAUAGUAUACACAUAUAUGCCUUUAUUGUCCACUUUGGAUAAAAAAAAAAUUCAAACAGUUGCUUAUCAAAGACUCAAAAGUGUGCAAACAAAAAAACAACAACAGCAGGCACCACCCGUAACCUACAAAUACUGCCGAUGCAUCCGCGAACCGAAAGUCAGAUCGUGUGUGGAACUGUGUACGGCAGAAACAGGGAGGAGACGAGCAGAGGACAUCUACACUCAGCGGAGCUGCAUUCAUGACGGCAACGAAAUGCUAUUAACAGGUAUUUCGUGGAUCCUCGUGCUGAUUCCCUUCAGCUCAGCCAAUAGAGGUGUCACAGUCAAUUGCAAGGGUGAUAGCACUAAAUUAUCCUGUCUUGACAAGAAUCAUAUCGAAGGCAACGAGAUAAACGCACUUUGGAAAAAACAUUCUGGUGAAAAGGUGAUCUGGAAAUACAACGGAGACAGCAAAAGAGGAGACACUUUCACGAACAGGACAGUACAGCUGAAUGAUGAUUUAUCUCUUUCCAUUUCCGAAUGUGAUCAGUCAGAUGAAGGCAUAUAUAUUCUCUGCAUCAAUGGAAAACCCAACUGCGAGGUUUCACUGUAUAUCAAAGACUCAAAACUGUGCAAACAAAAAGCAACAACAGCACAAUCAGCUAAAAGCACUGCAUUUCCUAUUUGGGCAAAACAAGCUGUCACAGAUGAAAAUCCCACCAUACCCACAAAUAUUUACACCAGAUGGGUUAUUUAUGCCUGUUCAUCUUCGGUGGUGCUUGUCGUCAUAUCGCUGUGUAUCAGUGUUCUACUUAAAUUCAGCUCAAAAGAAAAAACAAGUAAAAAUGACAAAUCGGGAUCUAAAUUGCUCCACAGUGAUAUACAGAAAAACUAUGCUGAUGUAUGAUUUAAAAGCAGCGUAUCAUAAGAAUGGCCAUGAUCCCAUAAAAAUAAAAUUACGAUUUAUAUCACAUCACAUUUUUAAGUCAGCACAGAAAUGCCCGAAUAACAUUUGCCCACCCGUUUUUUUGAUAUUGGGCAAACCGUCUUUCUCUUACUGUUUGUGGUUGUAUCGUCUUUAUUUAGAGACCAAUGAUAAGAGGAAAGACAAUGCAACUACAAACAGUAAGAGAAAGAAAGUUUGGACGAUACCAAACAAAAGGCUGGUUAAAUGUAGUUCAUAUAUGUUGUCAAUACAUAUCUGUCAAUGUAGAUUAGUUUGUAAAAAAAUUAAAACUGUAAAUAUUUGUAUAUAUUUAAAGAUGUGCUUAGAAUUUAUCGAAAAUAUAAGGAAUAAAUCAUAUACCUUAUAUAUUUAUACAGUAAAAUUUGUUUAUUAUAAUGAUUUAAUAAAGUUUAAUAAAGUAUUUUUUUACAAAUAUUGCCUUGCAUGUCCUUUAUUCCAGCUGCACAUUCUUCUCCAUGAUUUGGGCCUGUAAAUAAUUUAAAUCACAUAUGCUAUUACUUUAGUUAUACGAGACUUGAAACGGAAAGUAAAUGAAGACUUUUCUGUAAAUUUCACAGUAGCCCACACGUUUCCACCCAACAGUCCAAAAACAAAACAUGUUUAGGAAAUAACCGAGUGACUUCACGCUUAUUCCAAAUGAAUGAGAACCCUUAAUCCUUAUCUAUUAAAACAUUUUUUAAUCUUUAAAAAGCACCUUCAAAACCUCAAUCACAUGGCUAUUACUGAUCCUACUCUAGAAACUACCAUUUAGAAUGUUUAAUUAACAUAUCUACAAUUUUAGCAAACAUAACAGCAAUACCCACAUGCUAUUAAUAGCACGUAUUAAUUCAGGAGUUUAUUCAUUUUGAAGCAAACAUCAUUUUCUCACAUUGGGGUGGACACUGUGACCCAUUUAGGAUAGAAUUCACUUUAUAAAUCCCUUAGAGCCUAGGUCUUCGACCCUGCUCACACGCUAUAAAUGUUAUUUCAAAACUGGUUCAACACAAUGGGAGUUAUAGAAGUACAAGUUAUAGAAAACCUUGAUCAGCUGGUUUGUUCAGGGUUGUAGCUGAACUCUUCAAGACAGUGUGUCCCCAGGAGCCGGUUUUAAAGACCCUUGCCCUAGCGCUGUGCUUUCCGAACCUGCACUGGAGGACUUCCUGCCCUGCACCUUUUGUAUUUCUACCCUAAUCAAAUGCACCCAAUUCCUGCAGUCUUGCAAGCAGCUGGGAAGGUGAGCCUGCAGGACAGGUUUGGAAACUGAAGUGGUUAUAGCAUUUAACAAUCACUUAACACUGCGCAAUGUGCAACACGCAUACAAGCAAAGAUUGCAAAAAUGUUAAAGCUGAGAAAGAUUGUUGACUUGAACUUGAAAACUUUGCCCCGACAUGCACAAUGACUAAGCCUAAUCAAAUUUAUUUCAAUGAAGCUUUGCAUAAUACGUACAUGUCUGUACAUGUUUGAAUAGCCAGUAAGCAAAGGAGUUGAGGUAAUGGAAUUUUUUUUAUUAUCUAUGAUUGACACGCACGCCACAUGCUUACAUCACAUGUUCUUUCAGACAAUGUUUUUCUGUGACAUUAAUCAGCUGUUUGUUCAGUUGGGAGUAAUAACAUUGGGCAAGUACAAUCUGUCAUCAAGGCUUGGUUUCCCGGAAUAAAGGCUGUUAAACCUGUUAUUUAAAUACCGCAUGAAACCAUUGGACUUAAAUGCAAAUCAUAAACUCAUAAAAUAAGAUGAGCAAUAUAUUUAUUCAACAUGGUGCAUUGUUUUGUGGCAUUGAUAUCCUUAUACAGCUUUAUUUUACUGUUAUUAAAGUGUUCAUGUAAAAAAAAAAAAACAGCACAGCUGGAUACACACUGAACCUUGUGAUGGUUGCAUAAUUUUUCUUAAUCUCAGUGCAACUACUGAAAGAAUAAAAGUAAAGUAAAAUGAAGUGCGUAUAAUCUUUCCUCAUAAAUGGACGAGGAAGGGUUUGGUUAGGGAAAUUGCUAUGAAAAUGAAUUCACUCGAACACAACAAUACAGUCACACAACCCAACAUGUGAUCCUGCAUGCUUUAAAUGAGGGGUUUUAAAGGUUAACCUAAAUCACAGGGUUACGCUGAGGGUGACAUUUCUGCUUCUUUAAAAUUAGAAUGUAUUUGAAAUAUUAAAAAAUAAAUAAAUAAGCGUUGGUACUCAGAGUAAUGUCAGUCUGCCACCCAAAGCAGAGAACUACAGUGUAAAUCUAACCAUGAAAACAUACAGCAUUAUCAUUUGCCUGAAAUAUGAGUAUCAGCAAUGUUUGACCUCAUAAAAAAAAAAAAAAAAAAAGGUUCACACUAAGCAGGUUAAAGUUUCAAAAACAAACAGAUUAAACAAGUUCUUACAGGAAGGACAUUAUAUAGGGUUUAAACCGGUUUAUACCGGUUUAAACAGGGAAUAAAACGAAAGCCAAACAAACAUUAUUAUCGUUGCUGUACAUUUAGAUCUUUAAAAUAUAAUUGGUUAGAGAUUUCUUUGAAUCCGUUUAAUUCAGGUCAACACUAUACACAUACAUAUACACAUAUAUAUAUAUAUAUAUAUAUACACAUAUAUAUAUAUACAUAUAUAUAUAUAUAUAUAUAUAUAUAUAUAUAUAUAUAUAUAUAUAUAUAUAUACACAUACACAUACAUAUAUAUAUAUAUUCUUUCUACUGUCUACCAGUUCAAUGCGGACUUCUUGCAAACAAACUUAAGCUGCAUGGCUUUCAUGUAAAUCACAUGAUGCAAAAAAAAAAACCCACAAGUCACAACAGGACAUUUCACAUAUCUAUUUCAGUUUCUGUUUUAUUUGUUAAUCUCGCUAACAGCGUAAGUUUAUACACACAUAUACGCAAGUCUAUUUUUCCACAUGCAUAUAAACAAGCAGAGCUGUCAACAGAGAAAGUAUAGAACAUAAUUAUAGGACUGCAGAUAUAGGAUUAAAAUUUGUUCCUUAGCUAGUUUUUGACAGGUCAUUUAUGUGGCCGUCACGCCCCAAUGAUAUUGUUCAACCAAAACAAACACAAGUAGUGCACAGGUAAAAUAUACAUUUUAUUACUCUACACACAGUACAAUUACUUUUAGUCUUGGAAAGAAGUUCACCAUAAAUUCUGUCAAAGAUGACCAAAGCUUAUAAAGGUUGAAAUGGCA